UACCUAUGCUCACGCUACUUAUAUAGAUCUAGGUUCAUAUUCAGGUUAACGCCACUGCGCGCCUUUCACUCCUUCAAGUUGCCCUCUACCACGAUGGUGAACACCAACCUCAAAUACGUAGAUCUUAUACGCCAACGCACUUCAAAGUGGGCGAACUUGUCUCCCGAAACACAGGACAUCAGAGUCGGUUCGUAUGGUCUGUUCAACGCCCAGACAGGCAGGUUCGAUGUUGAAGGAAACGUGUACGAUCCCGAGUUUCAGAAGAUGCUUGACGCCACCGAUGGAAAGAUAAAGCUUUCUGAUCAUCUGCCCGUGCUCGACGACGAGGAGAAAGACUUUGCUGUCGGAUCUAUGGGCGUCAGGCCUAAGGAAUUUAGUCUUGCAUCAAACGUUACCGAGGGCAUCGACAAAGCAAAUUAUAAAGGAGACUGGCAGUUUCUGCAGGGAAAACGAGGCGCCAUGCUUGUGAUGUACAAACCCCGUCUAGAGCAUUUUCCUAAAGGAAAGGUAUUUGAAGCUAUCUACAAGGUUCCAGAGCUCAAGGACAAGUACGUCGUCCCAUCGGUGUACAAGUGUCGCGCAUAUGCUACCUUUUUGUCCGAGAAGGCCGGAGAAAAGAUUUCGUUGGCUCUCCUCCCGAAAUCUGGAAAAGAGAACGAGACGCAGCUCAAAUGGUGGACUGAUUCGAAGAUAGAAAACCUUCAAACCAGGACGGAUAAAGACUACGUGUUCUCGCCGCUUUUCACCUGCAAGCGCAAGAUUCCCUUGAUUCGUCCUCUGAUGCGCGACUCACCUACUCCAGACCCUGAGGAUGCCGACUUUUGGAUGGAUGUUUACCCGCCUUGGGAGCCACUCGAUGAUGAUGGAGAGAUCGAUCCAGUAUAUGAUGAUAAUCAAGAGGAUGACCCGAACGUAUACAACCCGCGAAGAGACUCUGUAUUUGUGCCAUUCCCUAUUUCAGACGACAGUGACGAUGAGUGAUGACUUGUUGGGACCUUGUCUUCUUGUUAUAUUAGGUUGACGUUGCCAUAUGAGAUGUAUAAUUACUUGUGUAGUGGAUGUUCGAGUACAAGACUAUUUAUGCAGUGCCUAGUAUUUGUUCGUGUCGUA